AUGACCCCCAGCCCACCUUCUCAAAGCCAACUCGAGCGAGAACAAGCUCUCGCUGAAGAACACACUCGAAAGGAGCGAGCAAAGUUCUUUGACCAACUCCGCGAAGAGAUAGAGAGAUCCUCUAGAGCUCCGACGAUGGAGGAAGCAGACACUUCUUCGUCCAACAAGCCCUCUGUGCGUGAGAAACUCAUUCAUCGUCUUGGAAAAGUCUGGGGUGAUGAGGCCAGAGAGGAGUUCGCAGCCGAAACGGACAAUUUCAUCCGCUAUGUCGUCAAGCUGGAAGAGAAGCCGUUCCCCAACGUCCUGGAGCAGUUGGAGGCCGCUAUGCAGAUAAGGAGAGACAACACUGGAGGCAACAAAUACAGGACGAAAUUGACAGUCCCUGACAUCCAGGUGGCCGCUGACAAGCUGGGCAUUACAAUAUCCAGGCUGCCCACCACCAAGAAAAGAGGUCGAGACAGCAUGACUGAGCCUCCUGACGAGAAGCCUAGCCCUCCUCCGUCUAGCACACCUCGCAAGAAGCGAAAGAACUCGGCCUCGGAAGCUUCUCCUUCUACCAAGUCCAAGAUCAUCGACAACGUCUUUACGCCUGUUAACUCUGGAAAAGCAAACGCGUCCUCCAAGAAGAAAGCCGGCAAGUUACCACAGAUUAGCAACACAAUGGAGCUCAUCAUCGCACCUGCGGCCCGACGCUCAGCAACCCCGGCGCCCGACACGGAACAUGAAUAUGGCGGAGACGCCCCAGAGCCGUCGAGUCCUUUCAAGCUGACACAUACUCCGCGCCCCCCACCACCGCCUGCCCUCGUUGAGAGUUCGAAGCUCAAGCAUGAGAUUCACCUCGAGGACACCAAGGAAACCCUGAAGGUCGAGAAGACGCUGACUUCUGUCCCUUCAGUCCGCGCAUCGGAGGACCGUGAGGACACCAAAACGCUCGACACUAUUGAUGACGACCGCAGCAUCGACCUUGAACAGGAGUAUUUCCACGAGGGAAAUGCUCCAAGUGUCAUCGAAGAAAUCAAGUCCGCCCUCGAAACGCCGGCCAAUGAGGCCAUCGUGGAUGUGAAGCCCACAUGCGAAUUCGACGAUGCGAUUCAGCACCAGCACGUUUCCGAGCCUCGUGCAUCUGUGGACGAGACAGCUGCCGCGCAUGCAGAUGGAGGCCACAAAUCUGCGCUUGAGACAACGCCGUUGCCUAUCACGCCCCAGAGUGCGAAGUUCGAAAUCCCUAGUAUCACUCAACUGCCGGGACCCGAACGUAUUUCAUCCGGGGAGCUGACCGAAGCCUCCAUGAAAACAUGCAUCAAGCUCGUCGCGGAGUGCUCCAUCUGUCCGACGACCUUCCUGGAUGCUGAGCUCGACCAGCCGUUGACUAACAACAGCGCUGGCACGACUGGUUCCAUCUUUUCCAUCAUUGGUGUUCCGGUCAAUGAGCGUUCAGGCGAAUCAGUCAAUUCAGGUGAGAAGGACGCCUCCAACUCGACGCUUUGGUUCCUUCUGCACGUUGACGAACGCCACCGUUUCGUCUACGCGUACGACUUCUGUCCCUCUUUGGGCCUGCAGCACCACGUCCGCACAUACAUCACCGACGUCAUGAGCAAGGCUCUCCAAUUCGACAAGCCACCGCGCGUGAUUCCCACAUCACCCGUCUGCCUCGAGAACGCCAAGGACAGCGGCUACAUGGUCGUGGCCGCCGCCUGCUACAAGGCUGCUGGCUUCGACAUCCCCUCCACCGAGGAUUGCGCUGGCAGUGUUACCCAGCAGCAGGGCGUUCCGUCUUUCGCUCAGGAGGUGGCUCACAUGUAUCAGGAGUUGGAAGUACUCCAAGCUCGGGCGAAGCAGUGCAUGGAGCUGGCCGCAGCACACGACGACGACCCGCCGCCUUCUGCUGUGGGACCCAUGGAGGUCUUCCGAUCGCUUGCCGCAUCCGCUCCCAGUGGCGAGGUGACGCAGCGCAUUGCUGGUGUGCUUCAGCUUUUGGAAGACAUUGAGGGUCGAGACGGGGAUCAAUUUGCUAAGUACGUGGAUUUGAUGGGCGACACGAUGAAGCAGCUUUCUGGGUUGUAUUAG